GGUUGUCAGGGAACCAUGGCUGCCACAAGAGAGUGGGAAAGGAAGUUAGGACCAGAGGCUGAAUUUCUGGAAGAUCCAACAGUAGCUAGGAGAGAAAAUGUCAGUUUAAUAUUCAAGUUAUAUUGCUUGACAGUGAUGACCCUGGUGGCUGCAGCUUAUACCAUAGCUUUAAGAUACACAAGGACAUCAGAUAAAGAACUCUACUUUUCAACUACAGCCGUGUGUAUCACAGAAGUUAUAAAGUUAUUGCUAAGUGUGGGAAUUUUAGCUAAAGAAACUGGUAGUCUGGGUAGAUUCAAGACAUCUUUAAGAGAAAAUGUCUUGGGGAGCCCCAAAGAACUGCUGAAGUUAAGUGUGCCAUCUUUAGUGUAUGCUGUUCAGAACAACAUGGCUUUCCUAGCUCUUAGCAAUCUGGAUGCAGCAGUGUACCAGGUGACCUACCAGUUGAAGAUUCCCUGUACUGCUUUAUGUACUGUUUUAAUGUUAAACCGGACACUUAGCAAAUUACAGUGGAUUUCAGUUUUUAUGCUGUGUGGUGGAGUCACACUUGUACAGUGGAAACCAGCUCAAGCUACAAAAGUCAUGGUGGAACAGAAUCCAUUAUUAGGGUUUGGCGCUAUAGCUAUUGCUGUACUGUGCUCAGGAUUUGCAGGAGUGUACUUUGAAAAAGUUUUAAAGAGUUCAGACACUUCCCUUUGGGUGAGAAACAUUCAAAUGUAUCUAUCAGGGAUUGUUGUGACAUUAGUUGGCGUCUACUUGUCAGAUGGAGCUGAAAUUAAAGAAAAAGGAUUUUUCUAUGGUUACACAUAUUAUGUCUGGUUUGUCAUCUUUCUCGCAAGUGUUGGUGGUCUCUACACUUCUGUGGUGGUCAAGUACACAGACAACAUCAUGAAGGGCUUUUCUGCAGCCGCCGCCAUCGUCCUUUCUACCAUUGCUUCAGUGAUGCUCUUUGGAUUACAGAUAACACUCACCUUUGCUCUGGGUACUCUUCUUGUAUGUAUUUCUAUAUAUUUCUAUGGAUUGCCCAGACAAGACACUACAUCCAUUCAACAAGGAGAAACAGCUUCAAAAGAGAGAGCCAGUGGUGUGUGAUUUCACCCUCAGAAGAGAUCCCUGCUAAGACUCAACCAUUUGCAUUAAACUAGAGCCUUAAGUAAAACCAGAAGGUAGCGUAAACAAACAAAACCAACAAAUUAACUGUGUGGCAUGAGAAUUAAGAAGAAAGCUACCUGAGUGAACUGCUAUAAAGAGUUAAUGUGACCUGUUUGGGGUCAACUCAUUUUGUUUUAGAAUGAAGGAAUUUUAUUAUUGUAUAUAUAAUGUAUAUAAAAAGCUUGGAGAUGAUAUGGUGUUAAAAAAUCCUGUGAGGCUAUAAUAUUCAAGUAAUGAGGUUUGGGACAAUGUUAAAGGUUAAAGUGCCAAAGCCAUUUCUGUACUAACUGUUCUCUUGUUCAGGUACCAGGGGAGAAGGACAACCUCUCCUUGUUCUCCAAUUCAUGUACAAGAUUUUGUCCCAGCAGCAGUAAAGAUCUAGCUUUUUUCUUACAAAAGAGGCAAAAACAAGACAGGCUAGUCAGAAACAAACUGAAUGUGUAACUUCUCAAACGGAAUCUAUUUUGUAAUUCAGACAAUGAUUUCUGGGUGAUGACUGAAUACUCCUUUAAGUGCUGUAAUUGUGCCAUUCAUUGUCUGGAUUCAUAUUUCUUUGCUGUUAGAUGAUACACUUUUCUUCAAAAAAUAUUUCUAAUGUCACUUUUGUACUUUUUUUUAUAAAGUAUGUUUAACAUGUGGGGCUCUCAAUUUGUGAAAUUCUGUUUUUUAAAAAAAAUUUCUAUAAUGUUAAUGGGGAAAUUCAGCAAUAAACUUUAUUUAUAUGAAA